UAGCGCGCAGGCUCGAGUCGCGGCCGCCCGGGCUUUUGCAAGCGGCGCUGCGGGCCUGGGAGUUUGAGCAGCAGCCGCUUCCUUAACCUGCCUCUCGUGCUUGGCGGCCGUGUGGGUCAGGCCCGGCCUGCGCGGGGGGCAGGCGGCGGCUGCCUCAGGCGGAGGCGGAGGCGGAGGUGCGGCGGAGGGUGGGGGCCGCUGCCUUCGCAGGCGCCCGGGCCGGCCCGCGCCUUUGCACGGUGCUCCAUGCAUCCGGAGCCCGCCCCGCCCCCGAACAACAACAGCCCCGAGCUUCCCCUCAGCGGCGGCAGCACCACCAGCGGCAGCCGCCGGAGCCGCCACCGCAGCGGGGACGGGGAGACCCCGGGGUCGCCGCCGCCGCCGGCCGCCGUCACCUACCCGGACUGGAUCGGCCAGAGUUACUCCGAGGUGAUGAGCCUCAACGAGCACUCGAUGCAGGCGCUGUCCUGGCGCAAGCUCUACUUGAGCCGCGCCAAGCUCAAAGCCUCUAGCCGGACCUCUGCUCUGCUCUCCGGCUUCGCCAUGGUGGCGAUGGUGGAGGUACAGCUAGACGCGGACCAUGACUACCCGCCCGGGCUGCUCAUCGCCUUCAGUGCCUGCACCACGGUGCUGGUGGCUGUGCACCUAUUUGCACUCAUGAUCAGCACCUGCAUCCUGCCCAACAUCGAGGCGGUGAGCAACGUGCAUAACCUCAACUCAGUCAAGGAGUCCCCCCAUGAGCGCAUGCACCGCCACAUCGAGCUGGCCUGGGCCUUCUCCACUGUCAUCGGCACGCUGCUCUUCCUGGCUGAGGUGGUGCUGCUCUGCUGGGUCAAGUUCUUGCCCCUCAAGAAGCAGCCGGGACAGCUGCGGCCCACCAGCAAGCCCCCGGCCGGCGACGUGGGCACCAACGUCAGCAGCACUGGUGGCAUCACCCCGGGCCAAGCCGCCGCCAUUGCCUCCACCACCAUCAUGGUCCCCUUCGGCCUGGUCUUCAUCGUCUUUGCCGUCCACUUCUACCGCUCGCUGGUCAGCCAUAAGACGGACCGACAGUUCCAGGAGCUCAACGAGCUGGCCGAGUUCGCCCGCAUGCAGGACCAGCUGGACCACAGAGGGGACCACCCCCUGACGCCCGGCAGCCACUAUGCAUAGCCCUUCUGGGCCUGAGCACUUCAGUUUGGCCCUAUGCCGCUCCCCACCACCUCCUCCGGCCCCAGCAUCAGGGACAGCCAGCUCUGGGGAUUGGGCCUUUGUCCAGGGGGCAGAGUGUGGAGGGAAGAGGCUUUUUUUUUUAAGAGAAAUGACUGCACUUUGAAACCUUCCUCUAAGAGAAUAAGCAUUUCCUGUUCUUCCAGCUUCAGGUUUACCUCCUGUUAGGAGGCCACCAGUGGGAGCCAGAGUGGGGACAGAUGCUCCCUUUGUCCCUCCUCCUCCCCUGUGCCAGUGUCACUUGGAUGCUUCUUGUCUUUUCUGUCUUGAUCCCCCUCCCCGUUCAGUGUCAGCUGUGUGUGUGUGUGUGUGUGUGUGUGUGUGUGUGUUCGCGUGUGUGUGUGCACGUGUGUACACAUAAAUAUACUCAUAAGGGACACCUCUUGUGUCUGUCUUUGUUGGGUCUGGACUGCCUGGUGUGAAUUCUCCUGGUGCCCCAAUCAGGUGAGCCUCUAAGUGAAAACUUUUGUAAACAUUUUAUUUUGAAAAUAUUCAAACGUACAAAAAACUUAUGCAACUAGCAACUGAAAUACACAUCCAGUCAAUUCUUCUUACA